UUGCUCCCCGCAUUUUUGUUGAGUGAAAAACCAACUUCGUGGACGAAAAAUGUAAGUGCGCGAUGAGGCAACUCAACGAGCACCAAAAUCACCUAGACAAAGAAGCCGAUUGAUACCAUGUAUGAGGAUCCUGACGUUCGUCCACCGUCAGCCUGAAGACCUGGCAAAAGAUCAUGUCGCACCGAUUUCUGAUGUCACGAAGCGGGUCCGUGGGGAGUGGAUACUCGGACUCUUCGAGCUACUCGCACUCCGACGAACACAGUAUCGCACAGACGAGGCUCCUUCAAGGUGGGCGGGGCGAAGAUCCCAUCGAGCGACUGUCCAAUCCACGCGAAUCCCACACGAACACCAUUUUUUUUCCGGAGCACGCACCGGUGUCAGAUCGUAGCGCGGCCGCUCAUGUUACCUUUAAUGAGGGCAUGCGUGGAGCAGAGAUCGAGGUGCAACCGCGUGGGACAGAUGAGAAAAAGCCGCGCAGGAAAGCACGCUCGGGACACACCGACGAACAAGACCUGCCACGAGCACGACCAUCCUCUGCAGAUGAAAAAGAUGAAAACGCUCUCAGUUACAAUUCCCGGAGGAGCUUUAUUUCGCGGUUAUUGAGACAGCACGACGAGGCUCAUGCUGAGCACGAAGCGAUCUUCUGCACAACCGGCCGCUGGAACGUCUUUAUGACGUGGCUCGUAAAACUGGGCCUCAUUUAUCCCGUGCAUGCGAUUCCAUACGCCUGCCUCUGGUUUUGGCUGCGGCGGGUGCUACGGCGCUCCCUCAGACUCGCAGCACAAUUGGUGCAGCUUGAGUCAUCGCUGCAAGGGGGAGCGGAGGCGUCGUCGAGCAAGAGUCUUAGGCUUUACUACCACCGCACCGAAAUCGAGCUAAUGAGGCGAUUCCUAUUGCCCUACUUUCUCCAAAUGUAUGCCUUUCCAACCGGAAACGAAACAGAAACGGCAACCGGACCACGAACAGCAAAUUCGGCACAUGCUGCAAACAAGGCCAGCUCGAUGUCCUCGUCCUCCGGAGCUACAGCUACGUUUGGUUCGCUUGCCGUCGAUUGUCUUGUCAAUGGAGCCUUGUUUCUCUUCCGCAUUCCCGGAGCGUCCAUUGGAGCGGGCUACGAAGCGCCGCCAACCAAAAACGUGGUCUCGCGGUGGCUGGCGUUCUUGCUGAAGACCUACGCCUUCGUAGAGGUAGUGUUCUUUCUGUACCAAAAGUACCGCAUACACCGCCUGAACAACGCGCCGGUAAAUCCGCCACGCGUGCCGAACAUCGUCGCAUAUGCUGACCUCACUCGCUCGCUUGAGACUAUCACGAACAUCGUGCGCAAGCACUUGACAAGAGCACACGAUUUGGAGCAUCUUCGGGAUAGAUCGCCACCCAGUGGAGGCCCCAGCGCUGCUCUGUCCCCGCACAUCAACCGAGCAAUUACAACAAAUGCGCGAGAUUCUUCCAGCCUGCACCGCGGGCGCUCGGUCGAAAACUUUAUUCGGCUAGACCGCAACGCCAAGACCUCUCUGGUGAGAGAAGACGAGCCCCCCCUUUCUGUAGGUGUCGGAGCAAGUGUUGCAUGUGAUGGCACUUCGGAGGCUGAACGUGAACGCACCUUGCGCGAGUCCUUCUUCUGUGGUUGGUUUCGCCAUACAGAUUGGCAGGCGCGCACUGCGAAAAAUCAAGGGGAGGAGCCCUUAGUGCAGCUUCGCGAACUGCAAAAGAAAAAUGUAGAGGACUUCCUUUGUGCUGCCUUCAUGAACGACUCGGCAGCGAAUGUUAAACGAGAGCAGAGGCUCGGAAGGAAAAUGCUGAAGCUUCACCAGCGCUCCGACACCAAAGAAAUUCAGUUUCAGCGGCCCGUUAGCUUCGCUGACGACAUCGCGACCAAUGCGGCUGAGCUUGACCGGGAUCAUGUGCCAUCGCAGCGAAGCACCGAGCGUGCGUUGCAGCACCGACAAGCUCGACACAUCUAUCUGGACAAGAUGCUGCGGCACCUGCAAAAGUGGCUGGGCGGACACAAAUUCCCCGCCGGGCGCAACGCAAACAUCCUGUGCAUACGACCCAUGUUGGAUCCGCUGAAUGCGAGCCCCCGGCCCGCUCUCUUCUAUGUGCUGACCCAACAAAUUUUGCCGCUCAUCGCCGACAUUUUCCUGCGGCGCCACGGGUUCCGCGAGCUGAAAGCUGGGAGUCUGACCUACUACUGCCGAAAGACUUCAACGAACGCUGCGCGGGCCCUCUCGUCUGCGCCACAAGCUUCAGAACCGCCCCCGGUUCCGUUGGUGUUCCUGCACGGCUUGGGAUUCGGCCUGUUCGAGUAUUUGCCGUUCUUCGCCGAGCUGGUGCAAAAUUUUCCGGAUCGCGAUAUUUUUUUGCCCACGUUACCCUUCAUCUCCAUGCAGCUGGAGGAAAAAGUGUCGUCCGCGUCCGAAACCGUAGCCUGCCUGAUUGACAUGCUUGCAGCCCACUACGACGAAUACUACAACAUCGCUGGGGCGGGAAGCCGUAGCCAGCGCGAGAAGUCUCCUACAUCUUCAACCACGCCGGGAGUCCCCGUCAUUUCCCCGACCGUCCAUCCCAGCGAACGAACCAUAACGGCUGGCGCUGUGGAUGGCGACACGUCGGGUACAUCGUCUUCCAGUUCAACAACGACCAGUUCACACAACAAGGUGCGCAGCUCCACUCAACAACAAAAAGGCGUAACCGGGGUACACUUUAUUGGUCACUCUUUCGGGUCCUUCGUGGUGUCCUGGGUUCUGAAGCGGCAGCCAAGCGUCAUCAAGUACAUGACACUCCUGGACCCUGUGUGCUUCCUGCUUCAGAUGCCGGACACAGCCUACAACACGACCUACCGAAUUCCGCCGCACUGGGCGGCUCUAUUGUUGCGAGCCUUCAUCGUGUCUGAGCCGCACAUUGCGAACUGUCUCGCCCGAAAUUCGUGGAUGAACCAAGUGCAGCUGCACAAAGAAGAGUUGAGUGAAACGCCCACGCUCGUGGUCCUCUGUGGCUUGGACGGCCUCAUCCCGGCACACUCUGUACGCUUGUACCUGGAAGACGAGGACGCGACUGAUCUUGCUCGGCUUCGGCCCAAAUUAUCCAGUGCUACUUCUAGUCGUGCCAGGGAAGAUCAUUCAGGAGCUGCACAAGAUGAAGCAGGUACAAGUACUACCAACGCUGAGGAACCCGUGAAACCGUCUCUACUCAAGGUACUGUGGUUUGCCAACAUGGGGCACGCCGAGUGGGUUGGUUUUGGAGACCCUUUCACUCGCAAAACAACUGCUUUGCAGGCCAGGCAGCAAAUUUUCCGCCAUAUUAAAGAGCUCGAAUGCGAAAACAACCCUCCGCGACAGACAAGACACUGAUGUGGCAUUCGCCAAUGCGUGUGCAGCGAGAAGCACCUGCAUUCGCUAUCUUCCAAAUGAAGCAAUUGCAAUGGCGGUGACCACGGUAUUAAACAUCGAAGCCACUCUUGUUGCCACAUGUGCUUCCUAAGAAUAGACAACAUCCGAUCGCAUUUGUGAAAAACAUCUGGGUUGGAAAAAGAAGUCUUGUAUGAAAUUUUCCAGUACAUAAUGAAGCGCACGACGAUAUCAACCACUUUCAGUUCUUUCUGCUGAAAUGACCG